AUGGACGAGUUCCGCUUCGUCGAUAUUUGUAACCAGAGUGGCUUGGCUUGCGCUAAGGUUCACAAUGGCAAUUUCUUCGAUUCGAUGGGGAGCAAACUUAGCGUCUUUCCAUGUGUUUCGUUUGUCCAAGCUGAGUCGAUAGAACGUCACCUUACCGACAGCAAUUAGUCCAAAAACGGCAUGUGCUUGAGCAAUUGUCGCUAGGGAUCCACUGAUCCAUACGACAGCAUGCGGUACGAAUAUGCCAAUCAAUAGCAAACAAACACAAAAUACUCUAAAGAUUAUCAAUACCACCGUCAGUAAUACGUAAAAUAGAAGGUUAUCACGUGAUCGGAGUGCGAUUCCCUUAUUAAGAUAAAUAAGCGCUGAAAGUGAAACGCAUGAAGAACAAAGCAGAAGCAAUGACGGUAGCCAGAUUAAUAGCGGAACCUUCGGAAAUAA